AUGGCUGCGCAAAAGGCAUCAAACGCACCCAGAGAUGCUCUCAGUUUUCCAGGAUCCGAUCGAAUAUUCUUAGAUCCCCACCUACCAUUUCACGAUGAAGACUCCACAAAGCCCCAUCUUCCUUUUACGACACUUACAUUCGCUACCUCGCUCGAUUCAUCUUUAGCCCUGUCUCCUGGAGUUCGCACUGUACUUUCUGGUCCCCAGUCCAAAGCGAUGACACACUAUUUGCGCUCUCGCCAUGACGCAAUAUUAAUUGGCGUGGGGACUGCGGUUGCUGAUAACCCGGGAUUGAAUUGUCGUAUCGCCGGAGUAGGUGGAUACGGCGGUGAGGGGCUUACCGGUCAACCGAGACCGAUUGUAAUCGAUCCGACUGCUCGGUGGGAUUUCACAGAGGAAUCCAAGAUCCUAGUAUUAGCAAGGGAGGGCCAGGGACGUGCACCGUACAUUAUCACCUGCGUUGACUCGCCUCCUUCGGCUAAGAGGGCAUUGCUGGAAAGGCACGGUGGGAAGUACAUCACUUUGGAUGUCUUGACUACAGAUGAUGGAAGUCAUCGUAUUGAUUGGACUGUUAUUCUUCAAUGUCUAAAAAAUGAGGGUCUCAGUAGCGUCAUGGUUGAGGGAGGCGGGUCGAUAAUUAAUUCUUUGCUAGAACCGACUUCUCAGCAACUUAUUGACUCUGUCAUUGUUACAAUUGCUCCGACAUGGUUGGGUCAGGGUGGUGUUGUGGUCUCGCCGAAGCGCAGAGUUGAUGAUGAAGGCGCUGCUAUUCCGGCUUCAAGGUUAACGGGUGUUAAAUGGUAUCCGUUUGGCGAGGAUGUAGUCCUUUGCGGAAAGAUCAAGACCUGA